UCUGGUGCCGAUUUUACUGGCCUUGAUGCAUCAAAGAAGGCUUAGACGUUUAUCCUGUUGACAUGACUCCAAGAAGGGCUAAAAGAAGUUCGGAAAAGAGAGAAAAAAACCGCGGGAGUGUCAUUUCAUCGAACAAUUGGUGGCCUCUUGGUCAUGCUUUCGAUCUCUUGAGCCGCUUCAUGCUGCCCAGCACAAAGGGGUAUAACUCCUUGACGUCCAAUCUCCAUGCGGGCCUAAUCUGGGAUCCCAAGACCCACGGCAGGGCCAGGGUGGCUGCGGAAGGGCCAUGGCUUCUGUGGGCAUCACCACAGCAAGAAAAGCAAGAUGCCCCCAAACCCCACCUCUUUCCUUUCUUCUUUUCAGCUCCCAACCCCCUCUCCUUUCCCCUUCUACUGUCCUAAAUCUUAGCACCCAUCUCUUCUUCUUCUUCUUCCUUGAAAAAUUCUCAUUCAAACGGUGAGCUCUGUGUCCACCCGGCUGAACAAGAAGGCAACCUAGAAGAGCGAGGGGCAGCCAGAGGCGGAGGAGCUCCUCCAGGUGGCACUGAGGAAGGUUGGAGAUGGGAAGGAACCGUUGCUUCAUGCUCUUUGAGGAGCUCUGGAUGUGGGGUAGCUGGCUUCACUGCUUGGAGAGUUGUUUGUGUGCAUGCAAAUGAAUGGAGACUGGACCAUCGAAGUAGCUGCUUAGCUUGUUGAUCAGUUUAGUGUUGGAUAGCUUAGCUUGUUGAUCAGUUUAAUGUGUUGAAUAUCUUGUCAGCGUUUCAUAUAUAACAGAAUUGAGGUGUCAGUUUAAACAAGCUGCAGUUUUACUCUACAGCCAAAAAUGUCAAUCUUGCCAAAGCUACGAUGUAUUACUGUAGAUGUAACUGGUACUCUAAUAGCUUACAAAGGCCAACUUGGGGACUACUACUGCAUGGCAGCUAAAGCGGUAGGGCUGCCCUGUCCUGAUUACAAACGCAUGCAUGAAGGCUUCAAGGCAGCAUACACAGACAUGGCAAAAAAGUACCCAUGUUUUGGCUAUGCCGCAAAAAUACCAAAUGUUGAUUGGUGGAGAUCAUGUGUGAAGGACUCUUUUAUCAGGGCGGGCUAUGAGUAUGAUGAGGAGACGUUUGAAAAGGUGUUCAGACGCAUAUAUUCAGCCUUUGGUUCUUCUGCGCCCUACUCUGUAUUUCCUGACUCACAGCCCUUCCUGAGAUGGGCGCGUCAAAAGGGCCUCAUUGUCGGACUUGUGAGCAAUGCAGAAUACCGGUAUCAGGACGUCAUCCUUCCUGCUUUAGGACUGAAUCAGGGAUCAGAAUGGGACUUUGGUGUGUUCUCAGGCCUCGUGGGUGUGGAAAAACCAGACCCGAGGAUAUAUGAGAUUGCGCUGGAGAAGGCUGGAAAUAUAGCACCAGAAGAAGUACUUCACAUCGGGGACAGCAUGCGCAAGGACUACAUCCCUGCCCGGAGCGUGGGAAUGCAUGCGUUGCUUCUGGAUAGAUUUAAGACGCCAGAUGCAAAGAGUUGGAGACAGUCUGGUGCUCUCGUGCUCCCUGAUCUUAUGGCUGUUCGGGAUUGGCUUACCAAGGAGGAAGUGCUUGCAGCUGACCAACAAGCCUAGCAAUCUAUAAGUACUGGUAGAAUUGGUCCACUUGGGGGGACAUGGUGCAACCAAAAUGUAAUUCAUCCGGGUGGUUACUGAGUCUUCAUACAGGAGAAAAAAAACCACCUGAUGACAUCAGUAAUGAGAUACUAGUCUAAGAAUUUCCGAAGAGGUGAAUCAUAUUCGAAGACCAUGUCAAUCUUAUUGUCUUUAGUUUAAUUAUAUCACCUAGAAGAAGGUAGGGAUACAGUGCAUGGAGUUCAUCUUUAUAGUGCAUUGGGUCAAGAAUUUGCUGGGAUGUCGCUUAUUUGAAGCAGGAAUAUGGAUAGUUCUAUCUACCUUAUCUGAAUUGCAGCUGGUUUGAUUGGCCAGGUAUGUUGAAUGGCUCUUAAUUUCAA